AUGUCGAGUCCCGGCCCCGAUCAAGCGGGGGCCGUUGUCAGCGAUGCCGCCGGUGGCAAAGCUGGAUUUAUACCGCUUGUGACAGUCGUCGACUUCCACCAUGCCAGAGGACCCGAAGUCGAGAAGUGGUUUGGGGUGCCGGAGGGAACAGAUCCUGCGGCGGACUGGGAUUGGACUCUGCUGCCAUUCAUGGCUCUCAGUGAUGGCGCACAUGCUUCGACAGAGGACUUCUCCUAUUUUACAUUGCUGCGACCAGCUCAGGGCGACACCCCGGCGACCUCCCUUUUCGGCAUAUCCUGCACCCGACAAAUGGACGCUUCGCAACUCCUUAAUAGACCGGCUGACGUUACCCGAUCGACCGUACAAAAAGCCGUCGUGGUCAUUGCGGAUAGCCCGCAGUACUUCGGGAUGCUAAGGGAGCGCCUCUCCAUGGUGACCAGCGCCUGGUUUGCGCAGCGUGAAUUUACCGACUGCGAGAUCCUGCAACACUUUCAGGAAAGCUUGAAGGAAGAAAAGGAGCGAGGUCAGCUGAAUGAGGAAGAAGAUCGGGAUCAAUACUUGGGCAUGAGUCUGCGCGAGCUGGUUCGCGAGUUCCGGUGGCAGACUCUGGUCCUGCUCAAGUGUUGUCUGCUGCAACCAAAGAUGCUUUUCUUCGGCUCACGAUGCGAGCGGCUAUGCAUGAUGCAAUUCUCUCUCAUCUCUCUGAUUCCAGGACUUCUGAGAAACCUCCAAGAUUGUGCCGGCCCAGAACUGGAUGAAUACAAUAAGAAUCUGAGCCAACCAACCAGCCUCAGAACGAGCGAUCGGAACUCUCUGCUCUCAUAUAUGGGCCUACCCCUCCAGAUAUUUGGCAAGGGCAGUUUAUUUGGCCCGUAUACGCCGCUGCAGCAGCUUGAUAUACUCGCCGAUUUUGGUACCAAAUCGUACAUAGUCGGAAGCACUAAUUCGCUUCUUCUGCAGCAAAAGGACCGCUACAGCGAUAUUUUGAUCAACUUGGAUGACGACACGAUCAACAUUACAUCUUCGUCACUGCGUUCUGCGCUUGCGUUGUCUGCUAGCGAUCGCCGUUGGAUUGACUUCAUCACACAGGAGGUUAACGACACCUGGGACGAGAAGAAUCCGGGGCGGCCAAAUCACAUGGGGUACCGUGGUAGUGAGGAAUUCAUUAGGCUGCAGUUCGAAGAAUACCUUCUUUCUCUGAUUUCAUCAGUCAAGUAUCAUAAUCACCUCAAGAAAACAGCUGGGAACUCCAAGGCCGCAUUGCCCCAUAUCGAAGGCGAUCCGUCGACGGACUUCAGCGCUGAGUGGGUGGAGUACUGGAAAAAGACGGAAAAUUACCGGAUCUGGGACGCGCACACCGACUCACUUCUCUUCGACAUCGUGGAACCUAAGCACCCAUGUGCCGGCGGAUUGACUGUCGACGAUGUCCAGCGCCGAAUCCAGCAGCAAGUACAGGACUUGCACCUUGAUGAACGGUUCGCUGCUGGUCGCGAGGUUCUGGGCCGCAACGCCGCCGCCGCUCGUGAAAAGGCUAGCACCAUGUUCAACAAAUUCUACGCCGACAUGGAGGCAAUGCGUGAAGCGCAGCGGAAAAGAGCCGACGAAGCAAGAGCUGCCCCUGGAGGAACACAGAAACCCGGUUCCACUGUACCCAAUGUGGAUCUUGUAAAGGCGCAACAGACAAUGAACUCAGUCGGCGCGAAAGCAGGGGCGUACAUCGGUUCGUGGGCUGCAUGGGCUGGCGAACGCCGGAAACAGGCGUGGAGCUCCAAGUCCAGCAACGGCGGUGGAAGCGGCAGCACUGGCGGGGGUUGGGGUUUCGGCGGCAGUAGGAAAUCAAGGACCAGCAGCGAAAAGACUGGGAGUGCAGCGAGCAGCCCUGGCCUAGGCUCCCCGGGAUUUCCGUCCAACGAGAAAUAUCAGGCUCUGGGUAUCCGAGCUUCGGCAGACGGGAGCGAAAAGGAUGCCAAUGACAGACCACCGACACAGCAUAGCUUCAGCGAGAGUGUGCUGGAUGGCGUGGGAUCUGAAGGUUCGUCCAGUCCCGCAUGUCCAAAGGGACCAACGCGACCCUUGUCACCGUCUAGCAUCACAUCCAAGGACGCACAACCCGGGGAUGCGAAGGGCAUAGAUGCAGUUGUCUCCGAUAAACCGUGA